AUGGCAGAGAAACGCCGACUCUCCGCCCGUGAACGUCGCGAACCUGCGGCGAAGCGACGGGUCUCCGAAGCGACCACGCGAGCAUCAUCGCCAGCACAAUCUCAACACGCGACAAGGAGAAAGACUUCCACACCCGCUACUGCUUCCUCGCCAGCUCCCAGUCCGAAUUUGGCCCCCGAAUCUGUCGAGCCACCCCUUCCGACGAAGAUCAAGGAUGGGGAGCCUCUUCCGACCCUCCCUUCGGCGCAGCCCGCGGACCUCUCGCUCAAAGAGUACCAAUCGAUCGCGGAAAGUGCGGUACUUCUCGCCUCCCUAGAACGUUCGAAGAAGAAAUGGCUGAGCGACGGCAUCCUCGAGCGUUAUUGGACCAAGCCCAAGAAGACGAAGAAAGAUCAGCUUGAAGGCAAAAACCCACCUAAGGAGUCGAUGUCUAAAGUCGGACCGUGCAACAUUGUGGUUGGGCCUCACCUUUUUGACGCAAUGUUGUAUACAGUCAAAGAUCCCAACGCGCCGCCGCCAGUCCAAUAUACCCCAACUCAACGGCCCAUGGUUCACUAUAGCCAUCCCAAUAACUUCCAGCAAUACCAUCCAUAUCCCCAGACGCCUCAAUCUGCACCAAACCAGCGGCCGCACCCACCUCAAGCCUCGCAUGGCACCCCGCAGUCUCAGCAGGGCUACCAGCACGGUCGCCCGCCCCCGCAACCCGCAAGAACGCCGAGCAACCAAACUCCUCAUCGUCCGCCUGGCCCCCAGUCCACACAGCAGCGUCCUGCCGCCAACCAGAACCCUCCGCCUCAACCACCGAAGCCGAACCCGGACCCUGUCAUUCAGAUGCUUGCCACGCGGGCAGCACAGGAUCCCGAAUUGAAGGCUUUAAUGAGGCUGGUCGCAUCGACAAAUGCGACUCAAGAACAACUGCGCACUUUUCAAGCUCAUAUUGACGAACUAAAUGCCAUUAUAAGGGCACGAGAGCAACAACAGCGCCGUCAACAGCAACAACAACCACAACAGCAGCAGCCAGCAACUCCCACACCAGCACAACAAUCUCCUCGACCACCCCAACCGCCAGCGCAAGUGGUUCAUCAAACACAUUCGCAGCCACCGCCGGCAACUCCCCAACAACAAUCUUCACAGCAGGGACAGCAAACCCCUGCACCGCAGACCCCGUCGCAGCAAUCAUCUCAGUCACGGCCUCGUGUUGAAGUACAAAUACCAAAGUCUCCACACUCUACUGGUGCGCCCCAGAAUCAGGCAGCACUCUCGCAGAACCGCCAAGUACCUGCGUCACAGCCCACAUCUGCAGAUUCCCAUGUUAAACAAGAGCCCAAUGCAGGCAUGGCCGCUCCAGCGCCAGCACCCCGUGUCUCGAGCCCGAGCGUCGGUCCGGGCUCGCAGCAGAGCCCUGCCGCGCAGCCAGCGCCUCCUCUGCCCCAACAACAACCGGCAAUGGGCCAUCGACCAGGCCCACAGCACCAGUAUCAGCAGCCACCUUUCCAGGGUCAGCCAAUCCAGUCUCGACCGCCGCAGUAUGGUUCUCCGGCUCCGUAUUACCGUGCAACACCUCAGAAACCGCCAGCUCCCCCAAGAUUGAAUUACAAAUCAGUGGUAUUCGAAUUCACUUCCCCUCUGACGCCGUACGGCAGCAGCACGUCGGGCCACGCGGGAUCGGGAGAUCGGUACUUAUUUCCCGAAAAUACGAUUCUGGAAUGGCUUUCUGGCGGUACCAUUGUCCUUGCUUCUUUCUUGCUUGUCCGGAAGGUCGACCCCAACACCCCAUUUCCCAUCGAGACGGCCACAGACGCCGCUCCAUCUCGAGCGAAGGGGAAGUCAGCGCCGAAAUCGAAGAAAGCGGACAAGAACAAGGAGAAAGACAAGGCCAAGGAGGGUGACUUAGUGGCCAAAAACAGUGGCAACCCGCAAUCCGCGGAAGCUAAAGACUCGGCUACAGACUCGAAACAAGACGUCCAGGGCGACCAGAAGACUCCACAGCCCACUGACCCUGCCAAACCCGCUUCAGACAGUAAAACAGGUGAUGACAAGAGGCCAUCAAACCUGAAAGAAUACUACCAGCCCAUCACCUUCCGCAUCUACAGCUCAAACCCAAAGAACCUCGAACCACUAGCUCGCGUCGUGAAGCCACAGGAGGAAGUACGUAAGUACAUGAACGAAAUCAUGGACCGCGCCGAGCGAGCUCCCGAUGGAUUCCUCGCUUACCAACUACCCCGCGAGCAACCCAUUGAAGACCAUGAAUCGGAAAUCGAUAGUAAUAGAAAAGGCACGCCUAUUUCAGGCUCGCUUGGGCGCAGUAAGCUGUCGAAGGCGAGGACGGUUGGGGAGGAAUCAGAUGCUGAGAAUACAGAUCGAAAUCUCGAGGAUGAUGAAGAGGAGGAGGAGUUGAAGGACUUUUAUGGACCACCGACUGGACUUGUCUCCUGGGCUAUAUGA